AUGAGGUCAGCUCGCAACAUUUACAAGGACGAUGUUGAUUUCGCGACUCUGGCUCUGCAGUCGCCCGAUUUCGCGAAACACGUGAAAUCAAACGGCCAAUUGGACUUCAGCGACCCGGAAGCCGUUCGACAAUUGACCAAGAGCCUAUUGAAACGAGACUUCGACUUAACGGUCGAUAUCCCGGAAAAUAGACUCUGCCCGCCGGUAGGUGUCUGCCAGAACCCUGUCUACGUCAUGGAUUAG